AUGUCGCGCCUCGCAGAGAUCGAAGCAGAAGAGGAGUUAACUCACAAGCAACUCAAGCUCUUGGAACAUCUUGCCAAGCUCGACCGGGAGAAGAGGAGUCUCCGACACGCGCAACGUGUGGACGACGACGAUGAGGACAACAUGGAUAACAAAGUCAAGCUCGAGCAGCUUGAGAGAGAGGAUACAGCUGAUGGCGAGGAUGAAAGCCAAGAAGGAAUGCAGAACAACGACGACGACGUAAGACUCGACCCCCCAAGUCAGAGUGAGUAUCAGCUCAAUCAGACGAGGCCACAACGUAGGGGUGAGACCUCUCGCCGUGAGCCAACUGCUUCAUUUCACCAGCUGCACUAUGCGAGAGGCCAACUCGAGCGUGGUGAUCGUAGCUACGUUCAGAACAGGGUCGGUCACCAACAGCAAGACACGAACCCUCAGCGCGACUUUGAAGCAGGCAACCAUCAGGCACGCAUGGGCGACUUCCCUACGCCAGGUCCGCUUCAGCGAACGAUGCAGCAGUGGGCUCAGGGAGUGCAAGGUCACGAUUCCACGUAUGGGUCCAUGCAGGAGAAUCAACUGGCGAGAGACGAGUCCAUUGCUUCAACUGGUAUGAUCACACCGCAACCGUCUGAGCGUCAGGCAUGGAGCCCACCGAACUACCAACAGCACUUGUUCCAGCAGGUUCUUCCUCCCAGUCAAGUUCAACCCACAGAAGAAGCACAUCUGGUCCAGCCGCAACAAGCUUUCGGAGUACUGCAGGGAGGAGGUCAUGUUGUUCAGCCUCAACCUAUUCGGACAGCAGGACAAGAUGGCCCAGGGCCGUCUCUCCCAGAUGUUGCCACACCGCAGGCAUCUCGCAGUAGUGCCCAAUACGACCACCAUCCAGUGCUCUCGACCCUCAUUCUCCUGCCAAACGGUCAAGGAUACCGAGAGCUUCGAUGCUUCGUCUGUAAGGGAAACAUAUCCAAGACCGUGCAAUUGAGAGACAAGGCGCAGACCCACAAAGGGAAGCCGUCGAAAGGAAAGACACCAGACAGCAAGGUCGACGAGCCUCGAUUCUUUUCUGGAAUCAGGGGUUUCCAAGGUCAUAUCCGGUUUUGUCACCCGGCCGAACUGGAUGGAAACGGAACCAUUACGCCUGCAGACAUCUUUGAGAAGUGCAAACAUCGCGACCUGAGCCACCAGGAGGUCAUUGCUUUGGUGCAUCCCAGACGGGGCUACAAGGGCUACAAGAUCGAGGCUGUACCUGGCGCGAGCGCCCAUGAGGAUUCGACGGUGAAACAGAGUCGUCAGCGCGGAGGCAAGACUAAGGUGGGGUCACCCUCUACAAAGGCUCAAAUGGCUGGCAAAUCCAGUAAAAAGCGCAAGACUCCUCUGGCUAGUGGAGGCAAGCCGAUUGUGAAGAGUAACAGUCGGUCAGAGGAGUCGGAGAUACCUGUCAAGACAAAGAGAAAGCGCAGAAGCGAGGCUCUUGAUUUCGACUCGCGACAGAAGCAGAGGAACCGCAAGUCAUGUGUGCUCGACGACGAGUCUGAGGAGAGCGAGAGCGACUCGGAAGAUCAGCCUCUUCGGACAGUCACGGAAACACGGAAGAAACGUAAGGCAAUUAUGGAAGGAUCUGUGGGGGAGACGGAGAGAGAUUCGACGAUGCGCGAGGCUGAUAACAUGCUUGCGGCACUCAGGGACACGUUUGGCGGGGAGGAGCCAAAUCCAGCGGGAAGUGAGAUCGGUGCAGGAGAGGGCAAGGACGAAGAUUGA